GCCUGACAGAGGACGAGGACAUCAAGCAGAUGCUCCAGGGGUCCCUGCUCCGGAAGGUCAGGGCCAAGGGGGGCUCCCGGGAGCGGCUGUUCCGCCUGCAGGAGGACGGGGUGACCGUGUGCUUCGAGGGACGCUUCGGCCGCACCCGCUCCCCCCAGAGCUUCUCGGUGACGCACAUCGAGGGGGUGCGAGAGGGGCACCAGUCGGAGGGGCUGCGCAAGCACGGGGCCGCCUUCCCCGAGCGCCACUGCUUCACCCUCGUCUUCAAGGGCCGCCGCAAGAACCUGGACCUGGCGGCCCGCAGCGAGGAGCACGCCCGGCACUGGGUGCAGGGGCUCGCCAAGCUCAUGGGGCGCCUGCAGGCCAUGAGCCAGAUGGAGAAGCUCGACCAUUGGAUCCACGGGGUCCUGCAGAGAGCGGACAAGGACAAGGACAACAAGAUGUCCUUCCAGGAGGUGAAGAACAUGCUGAGGAUGCUCAACAUCGACAUGGACAAUGUCUAUGCCUCCAAGCUCUUCAAG